AAUCUCUCUCUCUCUCCCCCUGGCAAUCCCAGGAUCCUCUGUUCAACACAGCCGCAAGGUCCUCUCCCCCGCUUCUCUUUCCCCCUGAACCUUCAGCGGCUUCCCUAAAAUCCAUAGCCUGCCCUCAGGACACACAGUCCCACUUUUGCCCACUUCCGGGCUCUGGGCAGCAGUUUCCUUCAGCCCCUGACAGUCUCACUGUGGAAUAAUGAGCCCAUUGUGUGUGAGUGGGGUUGGGUCAGUGCCUAGGCACAGGGACGUGGCAACAAGUGAUUACUCCCAGAUGGGUUUGGCACUGUGCCAGCAAGGAAACCCAGCCUAGCUUUCCUGGGUAUAAAUCUCCCUGGUGCUUAGGGGUGUUAGUCACUCACAAGCUUCUCCCUGGGUAGCUCCAGAGCUGAUACUGUACCAUGCAGCCCCUCAUCCAUGUAGGGCUCUACCUGCUCCUCUCCUGCUGCUUCCAAGAUGCAGGGGCACAAAGGUACAUCUACAGCAUCGAUGUACCCAAUGGAGGCCCGUGGGGUGAAUGGGGGAAAAAGGAUAUUUGCCCCCGUGGCUACGCCUAUGGAUUUGCAUUGAAGGUGGAGCCGAACCAAGGCGGUGGGGAAAAACAAGAUGACACGGCUUUGAAUGGCAUUCGCCUGUUCUGCACUGAUGGCACCAUAAUCGAGUCCACGGUGGGCCCGUGGGGCGAUUGGAGUGACGUCCAACGGUGCCCCAAGAGCAACCUGAUCUCCUUCUCGCUGAGAGUGGAACCAUCCCAGGGAAAAGGCGAUGACACAGCAGCCAACAAUAUCCAGUUCACAUGCUCAGAUGGGACCUGGCUGAUGGGCACUGGAAAUUCCUGGGGUGAUUUUGGCCCAUGGAGCAAUCGUUGCAGCUCUGGGGGCAUUUGUGGGCUCCAGACGAAGGUGGAGGCACCCCAGGGAGGUGGGGAUGACACAGCGCUCAAUGAUGUGAAGUUCUUCUGCUGCAACUAAACAAGCACCUGUCCCUGCCCAACGCCCAACACCAGCACCUGCCCAUUAAACACCAUUAAAGUUUAGCUCUGCUUUUGAACAGGAAGGUGUCUGUCUUACUGACCCAAAUCAGACAUGUGAUCAUGUACCAUCUCCACAUCUACAAGG